AUGGACGUACCUAUAGGGGACCAUGAGGAUGCUGGAAACUCGCGCAAAAUCAAGGAGAACGACUUGAUCAGCCUUCAACGCCUCCUGCUGAAGGACCCCGAGCCUCGCUUGUUGUUGCGCUUCAAUAAAGUCACCCUGGGACACAUGUGCGGGGAGCUCAGCUUCCGGUUACCUCGCCCUGUUCACGAGAUGAAAAAAUCGGUGCUCGCCGAUGUGUUGACGCAUGCGACCAUUGCUGUUUGGAUUCGCCCUUCUGCUUCUGCUACAGACCGCGCCCCACUGACAAGCACCCCCAAUACUGCAGAGCUUGCACCUCAGACUCUGAUCGGAGAAGUGUACACAGCAGAAUAUGCAGCUGAACAUGCAGCCACAGCGAAGCUUGCAGACAGACAGGAUGAAGUGGACAGCUUGUCAAUACGGGCUUUUCGCAAACGAGAUCUCAAACACGUACAGGCUGACAUUGCCGAGACAUCCCGCCCCAUUUAUUCCGUUGGACCACCUGCAAACAUGGGUACGAAAGGCCAAGGCAAGCUCAAAGCCGAUCACUGGAAAGCUGCAAUAGAAUUCGAAUUACCUGUCUCGAUCAUGAAGCAUUGGCACCGCGAACGACUGGACAACUUAUCAGAUGAGUCUAAGCACCGUCAUAAUCUCGCUCACUGCACGAUGCGGCUGGCCUGUGCAGUUCAUCAAGCCACUUCAUAUCGGACUACAGAAAAUCAUCGCACCAGAUAUACAAUCCAUAUGCACGCUUACCUCUCCGACAUCCUGGAGCUGAAGCCCGGGCUCACCCUGAUGCCCAAUCACCACAAUGCACUUCACCUCGGUGACUUCCUCAUGCGCUUCGGUUCAGUCCAUGGCUGGUGGAUGUUCCCCUUCGAGCGCCUCAUCGGAGUGUUGCAGCAAGUGAAUACAAACUACAAGCAGGGGCAAUUCGAGAAGACUACACUUGCACACCUUUCAGUCAUGUUACCUGAACUGAACUCCCAUUUACCCUGA